AUGGCGUGGGCUAUGGGCUCCCAAGGAGACGACAGCAGAAAUAUUUACAAGUCAGUCAAAGUUACUACUCCCUGUCCUUGUUGUUCGCAAGCACAUCCAAUAUAUCGUUGUGAACUGUUCAAAGGUAAAACCCCUGGAGAAAGGUUCGAGUUAGCUAAAAGGAAAAACCUCUGCUACACUUGUCUAAAGAGCAACCAGAUCAAGCAACUUGGUAGAACAAUGAAACAUACUGCCAGGUCUUGCCCUAGCAAAUUUAAAUGCAAAAUCGAAGGGUGUGGAGCAUUGCACCACACUUUGUUACAUAAACCAGAAUCUUUAAAGGAGACGGCUGAAGAGAAGGACAAGAACAUCGAGCUCCCAACUGUUACAAGCAGCACAGCCACGUCGAAAGCAACUCAUGCUGUACUUCUGAGAGUAAUUCCUGUGCGCGUUAUUGGAGAACGGCAAGUCGCGACCACAUACGCAAUGUUGGACUCGGGCUCGGAAAUCACUCUAGUAGACCAGUCAUUGGUUAAACAAGUAGGAGCACAAGGACAUCUCGAUAAACUAGUGGUGUCAACCGUGAGUAAAGAGAAUGAUGUACAACACGGCUAUUGCAUAAAUCUAUCAGUGGAAUCUCUUAUCAAUGAAAACUCGAAGCGUUUGAAACUAACUAAUGCUUGGAGCAGUAAAGAAUUAAAGAUACCAUUACGUCAUCAGGGUGUUUUCCAGGACAAGUCACGAUGGCCUCAUCUCCAGAAUGUACCUUCCCUAAUGUCGAGAGAGAGAAGAUUUCCAUUAUCAUUGGAAAGGACAUGCUUGAAGCAUUUAUCCCGAUCGAUGGUUGCUACGACGGGCCAGACUCUCCAGUGGCCAUACGAUCCUGCCUGGGUUACUCAGUCUUUGGUCGAAUGGGUAAAGAAAUUGGAGCUCAGUGUUCUACAGCCUUUACAUCCGCGGUUCAUAACGUAUGUGUCUCCAGCGAUAUUACCCUUAACCAUCAAUUGGAGUCAUUUUGGAAACUGGAGUCCCUCGGAACCUCUCGUGAUAACUCGAAGACCAUGUCAGUCCAAGAUAAACAAGCGUUGUAAGUGA